AUGUUUCUGUACCAUCGAUUUCUUCGUCUUCAUGGACCAAUCCUUACUAAGAUCCAAUCGCUGCAACGCAGCCUAAUGAGCCAGCCUAAGUUUAGGAACUCACCAAAGGUCUGGAGGCAAUACCAGCCGGUCCAGGCCAUUGAGAAAUGUCAAGAACCAAGUCUAUUUGGGCCACAACAGCUGGAGCCGCCGAGUCCCUUCGCCGAGGACUACCGCAUCUAUCAGCAGAACGUCGACUUGGAUGCCUUCUUCGGCGAGGAGCCCAAGUUUGAGAAGGUAUCGGAUGUCUGCCUGCUGAACGAUCACUUUAUCCUAGUCAAGAUGCCGCCGCCAGAUGCGUCGCCGCCUGCGUCGAAGUCAAGGAUUCCGCGGUGCUUCCGGUGCAACCGUGGCAGCAAGGUCUCGCCCAUUCGGGAGGAAUCGGAGGAGGAGAAGCCUCCUUCCUCGCAGCCCUGGUCAUCCCAGAACGAGACUGAAGUUUUUGAUUCCACCACUAGACUGACGGAUACUCCCUGUAAGAAGGUUGCUUCUCCCGCUCCCGUGAUAGUAGAGCAACCACAUCCGACCCUGCAGUUAGAGGCGAUCCAAUCCUUGGCUCCUGGACAGCUACAGCUGCGUUCUGCCAGCCAUGGACCUUUACACUGGUUUCUUUGGCCCUUUCGUCGGCGCCAGGACUCUAGGACCAAUUCCAAGCCCCCUCUGGCUGCCGUCCACAAGACGUACUUUGUGCGCUGGAGCAAGCCGCCGGACACACUCUGGAACGGAUUCGGAGUUCAACGGGCAGCAGAGGAGAUGAAGCCGGGACUGAGACGAUGUAGAUCUGCGGUUUUCUGA